GGCAGGAACGCAAAUGCGAUCAUCCAGAGAGCCUUCGUCGAAUUUCAAGAGGAUGACAAUCCCACAAAGUGCAACAAGGUUCGCUGCACCUACUGCGGUUUCGUUCGCGCAAAGAACACGACCCGCCAGGUCGAGCAUCUGCAAGAGUGCCAACAGUACCUGAGCUCCCCUGACUACGUCGAGUCACUCAACGACAUCGACGCUUCACAGCAGGACGAGGGCAAUACCAGCAUCAUGUCCGGAAUCGCCAAUUCACCACUCCAAGCUACGCCAAACUCGGCCCAGAGAAACCAGUUCUUGAUGGGCAAUAGACCCAACCCAAACCUUCAGGUCAACCGCCGUGGGCCCAACAAGCGUACGCGCGAUGGUCAGAUCAAGAAUGGCCAGCGCGCUAUGCCUCUUCCCAUUGCUCCCAAUCCACCCGCCCAGAGCCCAAGUCUGGCCGCCUACCUCUUGGCCCAGAACGCUGCCCCUUUUACAGCUGCCACUCAAACCUCGUUCCUCUCCCACGCUGGUUGCGGCACCCUUAGCGCUGGCGCAAUGAGCCAAUGGCUAGCACAAGACUCACACAUCUCGCGUGGUUAUAUCGCCUUUGUCGGUCAGCUCAUUGGCAAGAUCCGCCUGCCUAUCGUCGCGAACUCGCAAUCGCACCCUCUUUAUCGAGCUAUGGACUUGCUGAUUAGUGCUUUGAACAACGUUCGCAGAGAGAUGAGCUUCUUCGAGAUAACCGCAACCAAAUACAAUCUGCAGGUUCCGAAAGAGGAGCCCAACCCAAUCACCAGAAGUUUCCUCGACUUGUUCGUGUCAGCAAGUUCGCCCGCUGCAAGUUUACUCGAAGGCGCUGUCGUGCUUUGGGCCAUCGAACACUGUUAUCGUGCAUCAUGGGCAUACGCUGCUAGCUUCUCUUCAAGUCUCAACCAACCGAUUCUGCCAUACUCUUCCAAUGGCGAUUCGCACAACGCUGCUCUGCAUCAGUCUUUGAUCCCCAACUGGACAUCAGCUGCCUUUGCAAAGUUUGUCGAUGCAUGUAAGGCUGUUGUCGACGAGCUUGCCAAUGCCGAAACUUCUCCCAAUGGUCGUGAGCAGAUGUCUCGCUGUCUCAGUGCUUUCAACCAAGUCCUCUGGCUUUGGGAACGCACUUGGCCGUCGGUCGAUGGAAUGGGCGAAGAGAAUGAGAGCGCAAGUGCAGAGCGUUUCAAUAGCAAUGGCAUGAGACCACGGAGCUCGACUGGUGGUGGCCAGCAAGGCGGUGUGCCUGAUCGUGACUCUCACGCAGGCGACGAUGAUGAUGUUGUCGAGAUCAGAAGAGAGAGCGCUAUCGGUGCUAACUCGUACGUUAGUCCCUACGGCACUGAUGGUCUGCGAGCAGUCGAGGCUGCCAACAAUGCUUGA